UUACAUGUCAGAUUAUUAUGCCCAAAUAGAUAGGAGAGCAAUUAAACCCCAAAGGAGGGAAAACUGAGAAAGAAGAAGAAGAACAACUCAUCCUACAGUAGAGAGAGAAAGUGAGGAGAGAGAAACCAAUGAAGAAACCAAAAAGCAGUGGAGGAAGUGGGACUCCUCAAUCCGAGUCAAACUCACUGACUCACUCUCACUCACUCACUGAGUCUCACCCUUCUCAAAACGACGAGUUUAAGGACUUACCCUCCUCAUCCACCCUCAAUACGCAGCGUAUUAAAGCAGAGGAUGAGGAGGAGAGAGAAAAUGGCAUAGAUGUUGAUGGGGGUGAGGAGAGAGAAGAUGAAGAAGACGAUUACGAAGAGGAAGAUGAGGAAGAAGAUGAUGAUGAUGAUGAUGAUGAUGAUGAUGAUGAUGAAGGGUAUGAGGAAGAAGGUGAAGGGGGAGCAGAGGAGAGAGAAAGAGAUGAAAAUGGAGAUGGUGUUGAUGUUUCGAUUGACGGGAAAACGAGUGCAGAAAGGAAGAAGCUUGCUGAAGGGUUUUAUGAGGUUGAAUCUAUUCGUAGGAAGAGGAUUUGUAAGGGGGAGCGUCAAUAUUUGAUCAAAUGGCGGGGUUGGCCAGAGAGUGCGAACACUUGGGAGCCCGUUGAUCAUCUUCAAACUUGUCCUGAUGUUGUGGAAGCUUAUGAAGAGAGCUUGCGCUCUGGCUCAAAGAAGAGUUCUCGAAAGAGAAGACGCAAAUUUACCCAGCCGAAGAAGAAAAUGCAAUAUACUUAUGGUGUUUCCAAGAGUAAGUUAACACCCGUUAGGAUAUCACUUAGCAAUGAACAUCAACGCUCUGCUGCUUUAGACAACUCAGUUCAGGCCCAUUCUCAACCUGGCAUGGUUGACGUUGUUGUAGAGCAUGAUGAGGCAAUGAGGAGACCUACAGCAGCCAAGAGUGUUGAUUACAAGGGCUCUGAGACUGUAUCUCCACAUGCUGCUAGCAAGGAAAAACAAAACAAUGACCAAUUAUAUGGUCAAAGUUCAAGCGGAAAGAAUAUGGAUGUACAUUUUCCGCAGCCUAUGACUCUAGAAGGAGAUGGUUUAACAAAUAGUCAAUCCAAUGCAAACAGUGUGGAAGUAGGCGAAAGCAAUCUACGUCGAGGUGCAAAGCGAAGGAAAUCUGGUUCUGUAAGAAGGUUUCCACAGGAUACUUCGUCACUCAAUAUUGAUUACUUUGCAAAUGCAGCAAUUGGGAAUAUUAGCUCUUGUGAUAGAGCUGAGGAGCUUAUGUUAGCAAAUUCCGAUGCCUACCGCAAGAAGAAACUUGACAGCUCAAGGAGUUCCUCUAUUAUUACAAGGCUCAUCAAGCCAAUAAGCUAUACAGCAUUGGUGACGAACAAUAUUCAGGAUGUUUCCGUAACCUUUGUGGCAAUGAGGUCUGAUGGAAAGGAAGUUAUGGUCGAUAACAAGUUUCUGAAGGCAAACAACCCCCUUCUGUUGAUCAAUUUCUAUGAACAGCAUCUCCGGUAUAGUCCAAAUUGAAGUUGAUUAAUUUCUAAGAGCAUCUCUGGUACAGUGGAUCAUUAUCGAUGAACAUCAUCUUCCACAGCUUUAGCCAUAUGCGAUAAAAUUCUGAUAAGUGCAUUGGAGAUCCAGAGGGGCCUUUCUGAUAGACAGACUGGAAAUGUAGAUGACUUUGUGCCAUAUGUAGGAUUUUCUGCAUCUUAUAUAGUACUAUUUUUAGUAGGGCAUAGCAUAGGUUCAGAGGCUGACAUAGCCAUUGUGAUCAACACAGUAGAAUAUACUUUGUUGAAUGCUAAAUUGGUGGUAAUAUGAUUGGUGAUUGGAAGGCAUUCUUGUGUAUUUGUACAAAUAAAUGUAGUGAGACUGGUGACUGUUAGCUCAGGUGGUUAGUUCAUCUUCUGCGUAUUUCAAAAGCACAUCUUAUGGAUGGU